CUACCGUAGGCCCUGCAUGCAAAAAAAAAAAAACCCAAAAACUUUAGGAUCCACUGGGGAGAAGUGCUGAUAUGGUGGCAUGCGUGGGGAUUAAUCACGUGGAGGGGAGAAUUAAUUUGGAUAAGACACCAGAGAACAGGCAGUUAAAGAAGGAGAGUAUCAGGGAAAAUAUACUGCUAGUCACACUUUGUGAGAGUGUGCAUAUAAAUUCAGUUAAUGUGCUGUGGGUGUAUUAUGGUCCGUGGAGGUCAAGUUCAUUACUCGGCUCAGGCUUUAGCCCUUUUCUUCCCCAGUGGAAAUAGAUAAAUUGUGCAGCAGGAAGGAAGGAUUACAGUGUUGGUGAAGGGAUUACGGCUGUGUUGUCAAAAAAAAACAACAAAAAAAAGCUAAACUACAGGUUUUCAGGUGGACCGCUUUCUCUCGUCAGAGCCAUGAUUUACUCGUUGAGAUGGGCUGCUUUCCUUUGGAUUAUAAAUUCCAUUCCUUGCACUUUUGGAAUGGCAGUGAAUGAGCGAUCAGAUGGCUCAUGUCCCCGUCUGACUGUGGAGGAUCACAGGUUUUCUGAUGUUUUAGAUCGUCCCCUGGAACUCACAGGGUUCGAUCUCACAGAAAAGUUUCUCCUGCGAAAGGGAACAAUCACAGAAGACCUGCCGUCGUUUCGAUUAGGAAGCAGUCCCCUCAUUAAGCCAACAAAAGAUAUAUUUCCAACUGGGCUUUCAAGUGAAUACUCCCUCGUCACACUCUUCCGGGUGAGAAGAACGACAAAAAAAGACCGCUGGUAUCUUUGGCAGAUAUUCGACGAGUCCGGAGGCAGUCAGGUGUCCAUUGUGGUUGACGGUGGCAAGAAGGCGGUGGAGUUUUCUUCUCAGGGCCGGAUAAAAAACACUCUGCGCUACACGUUUAAGAGCCGUGACCUACAUGCCCUCUUUGAUCGCCAGUGGCACAAGCUGAGCAUUUCUGUACAGAGCAACAUAGUCUCCAUUUACAUGGACUGCAAGCUAAUAGAAAGGAGACUGACCGACGAGAAGGACAGCAUUGACCCCAGUGGGCGCACUCUCAUUACUACACGAGUGGAAGAUGGACGACCUGUAGAUGUUGAAAUGAAGCAAUUUCUGAUCUACUGUGACCCUUACAUGGCUGAAAUGGAAAACUGCUGUGAGCUGCUGGAGCCUAAGUGUGAAGCCAAGGAGAGGUUUAAUGGGACUUCCCCUCCCCUGGUUACAGCCAAUCUGCCCCAGAUGCUGUCUCAACCGGCUAUACAGUCAAUUGACAGAUGUCACUGUCCAGCGGAAAAGGGAGAGUCUGGUCUUCCAGGUGUGUUUGGACUGCCAGGACAAAAGGGGGAUAAAGGAGACAAGGGGGACAGAGGGGAGGCCGGCUCUCAAGGGAACCCAGGACAUAAGGGGGAACUUGGAUCAGAAGGGCAAAAAGGAAUCGAUGGGGAGAAGGGUCUGAAAGGUGACCAAGGGCCAGUCGGUCCAGUUGGUCCUAAAGGAAACAAAGGGGAUGUGGGUGUGCCUGGAGCUCCGGGGCUGCCUGCUGACAAGGACUGUAUCAAAGGGGAUCAGGGCCCUCGAGGUGACAAAGGAGAGAAGGGAUUGGCCGGGGUGCCAGGUCAGCCAGGGGAACCAGGCAAAGAGGGCAAAAGGGGACGGAGAGGAAAGGCUGGGGAGCCUGGACCCAGAGGCCCACCUGGUCCCUCUGGAACCUCUGAAGGAGCAGGUGUCAAGGGGGAGAACGGCGUGUCUGGAGUCCCAGUGGGAAAAGGGGAGAAAGGAGACCGAGGCGACCCUGGUCAGCCAGGUGCUGAGGGGGGCGACGGGAUGAAAGGACAAAAAGGUGAUGCUGGCCCCCCUGGUCCUCCUGGUCCUGUGAUGACAGCUCAAGGAUUGAGACAGCUCUCAGGAACUGAUGAAAUAAAGGAGCGGACCCAAAAAGGAGAAAAGGGAGAUCAGGGGGAGAGAGGAGCUCAAGGGCCGCAGGGCCUCAAGGGAAACAUAGGGCCGCCAGGACUAAAGGGAGAUCAAGGACCAGAGGGGAAGCAAGGCCUGCCUGGACUCCCAGGACUCUCAGGCGAGCCAGGCUCACCAGGGGAGGGAGGGGCGCCUGGGAGAGAUGGCCUGAAAGGAGAAAAGGGAGACUCUGGUGGAGUGAUUGGGCCUCAGGGACUUCCAGGUCCGAAGGGCGAGCCUGGAGAGCCUGGAGGGGGAUCUACGGGCGAUGGGUUGUCUCUAACUAGAGGAUCACGUGGACCCAAGGGGGAGAGAGGUGUCCCAGGAUUGCCAGGCGACCAUGGUGAAAAAGGCGAACCUGGAGAGACUAUCAUAGGCUCACCGGGCCCCAUGGGACCCCCAGGAAAGCCAGGAAUUGAGGGCCCUCGUGGACCUCCAGGUUUAUCUGGCCCUCCUGGACCUGCAGGAAGAGAGGGCUCCCCUGGUAGACCAGGCCUCCCAGGCCCUGCUGGACCUCCAGGUGAACCAACUGCCCUGCCAAUUGUUGGAGACAUGGGCGCUUUACUUAAGAAUGCCUGCAGUGUGUGCCAGACGAGAGUCCCAGGUCUUCCUGGGCAGAAGGGAGAGAAGGGGUACCCCGGGGCUCAAGGAGUAGAAGGCAUGGUGGGAGAAAAGGGGGAUCCAGGUGUGAGAGGUCCUAUGGGUAAUCCUGGGAAAGAAGGCCCAAAGGGAGUGAAAGGCGAGAGAGGGUUCCCAGGCCCUUCGGGAGAUAAAGGCGAUGAGGGGCCUGCAGGAGUACCAGGACUUCCAGGUGUGACAGGUCGUACAGGAGCCCCAGGGCUUAUGGGUAGACCAGGGCCAAUGGGCCAGCUGGGAGGAAAAGGAGAAAAGGGAAAUGAAGGACCGCCGGGCAGACCAGGGCUUCCAGGACCUCCGGGUGUACCCUAUGUGGAGGGCAACGGGAUGAGCAGCCUGUACAAGCUGCAGAGUGGUGGAGCUAUUUUAGGACCCCCUGGAGCUCCUGGUGAGCCGGGUCCCAAAGGAGAUGAAGGACCCUCGGGGGAGACGGGGGCCAUGGGAUUACCAGGGCUUGAAGGGCUACCUGGUGCCAAGGGGGAUAUUGGUUUGACUGGUCCUCCUGGAAUGCCAGGUGCUCCAGGGAAGCCCGGCGCUCGUGGAGAGCCAGGGAUCCCAGGAGAGUCGGGUGAGAGGGGGCCGCUCGGAGAGACAGGAUUCCCAGGGCCCGAGGGACCCCAAGGUGUUGCUGGGAGACCUGGUAAAGAUGGAACUCCUGGAAUCAAGGGAGCUACAGGUAGACCAGGGGACAGAGGAUCGAAAGGAGAGCGCGGUGAUCCAGGGAUUCCUGGAGAGAGAGGUGUUCAAGGCGAGCGGGGUCGCAUAGGAGAUCCUGGCCCUAUUGGACCGCUUGGACCAAUCGGGCAAAAGGGCGACCCCGGCCCUCCAGGACAGCUGGGGAGUACAAACCUCUUGGGUGAUCCAGGCUUCUUGGAGGAUCUCAGAGUCCUUAUUAGAAAUGAAGUUUUGAAGGCUUUCGAAGAGAGGCAAUCAGGUGCUGCCAUGCCGCAGAAGACACAUGCAGGAAUCGUAGCUUCACAAUACCAAGGGCCUCCAGGACCUCCUGGCAACAACGGCUUACCAGGCCCUCCAGGAGAGCCCGGACCUCCUGGUCCUCAAGGAUACAGGGGUCAGAAAGGAGAACGAGGCCAGCUUGGUCUGGGGUUACCAGGAGAUCCAGGACACAUGGGGCCACCAGGCCCUCCUGGGAUCACUUCUCCGGGCCCCCCUGGCUCUCCGGGGCCCCGUGGACCUCCCGGGACAUGCGACCCCAGUGACUGUCUCCUCCCAUCCCGAUGAAACCCAGCAAAGCGGUUCAGGCCGGUUCGAGGACAGAUGUCCCGUUCAGUGCUGCAGAAGACGGGACGUCCUCGCCGUUUCUGACAGCUUCCUCGGCUGUGGUUUAUUGGACAGACUCCACUGACUGCUUCUGUUCACUUUACCAUAACAUUUGAGUCAGUCAGGUUGUUCUUUUUUUUUCCUUGUUGUUGGUGUCGGGUUUGUUUUGAAUGCAACAGAAAGCCUUUUUCUUUUGCGAUGCAGUACUUAAGUUAUUUCUUGUUUUCACAUCCCCUACUGUGAUGUAAUGCAUUCCUUGUCAACUCUCAUUAUGUCAUUCAAGACCAUGAAAUGACAUUGUUUCAUUGUGUUCAGUCCUGUCUGAUAACGUGAUCUUAAUUAUUUGUUUGCCUCCUUAAUGGGCAUGCCUGUUCUCUCUUCUGUUCUUGUUCAGAUAAGCCAAUGGGCUGGCAGAAGGUACAUCUCCUGUGUGUGUGUGUGUGUGUGUGUGUGUGUGUGUGUGUGUGUGUGUGUGUGUGUGUGAGAGCGAGAGAUUAGCUGAGUGAAUGGACUUGUUUUAUGUGUAGGUGUGAGAAUAUAACAGAUUGCUGAAACUCCUUAUGCAACCAAAGUGCAGCAGAUGUGUCUGAUACGGGAAUUAUUUAUUUUUCUUGAAGAAUGUAUUUAAAGGAUGGUACUAAUGACUGUAGAAAAUGUAGCACAGAUAUCAUCACUGGCAGGUGGAUUAAUGCAUUUCUGUAUCACUGAGAGUUUUGCUAUAUGAAAUUAUCAUUCAUGACACAUUUGCAUUUUGCAUGAUAAUCAUGUUUUAAAGAAUCUGCAGCGUAAUCACUGAUAAAGAAUGUCUUCCCAUUUUCUGUGGGUUAUGUGCUCAUUAGUGAGGUUUGCCAUAUCUUUUGUAACACAAAAAAGCCACAACUCAUCCUGUUUAAAGGAGACAUAUUAGGCUUUUUUUCUUUUUUUUGUCUUUUCCCUCAGUGUUUUAUAUCGGCUCUUGUACCUGUAAAAGAUCUUGAAGUCCGCACUAACAGAAGCUCCUCUCUCCGACAGAAAUCACUGCUCCUGAAACGCCUCCUCAGUAGUCCCGCCUUUAAUUUUGGGACUAUGUGACAUCACACUACGUCACCUUGUCAAACGUUUGGAUAAUUUAUGGUUAGCAGCAAGGUUGGCCAAUAAGAGUUUCUUUAGCACAGCUGCUCUGCUGUUGUUAGCGGAGCUGUCUCAGGCGUGUGUGAGCCGACCAAUCAGAGCAGACUGGGUGUUCAGGAGGGAGGGCCUUAAAGAGACAGGAGCCAAUGCAGAGCAGUGGACAGUUUGAGGAAACUGGUGGGUUUUUUUGAGCAUUAAAGCAUGUAAACCUGUUCUAGUAGAAACCCAAAACUUAUGAACCUAAAAUGAGCAUAAUAUGUCUCCUUUAAGACAUACAUCAAGGGCAGAUAUUUUUUCCAUAUGAAAAGAAUGUACUAAAUGUUGUCACCUCACAUGCCGCUCUACUGUUGAUUUUAAUCUGUAAAUAAGUUAAAGAAUUGAUUGUGUUUUGUUCUUUUUUUCCUAUCUAAAGGGGCUUGUGAUGGGACCUGACAAUAUAAUUACAUGAGCAAGUUGUCGUUGUAAUGGUGCAUUAAGGUUCUCACUUUUUUUUAUCAACCAUAUAUUGCUGCAAAUGUCGACGAUUUGUGUUUGUGCGUACGAGAUGAUUAUGAUUAUUGAUAACAUCUCUUGUUUACAAAGUGUUGUGUGUGAUGUGUAUGUUGUGUACGUGAUGAUUCCUCUGGUUUUAUUUGUAUAUUUUUGAUGGAAAUCGGACUACUACACUACAACUCGUUCUUCUGGUGCAACCUUUAAAUGAACUUGAACUUUCUUGUCUUUUGUUUUAACGGCCUUUUGGUGUACAUCCUGGUUUUUCACUCGCGUGCCAGCGCUGUGUGUCACUUUGUAUUGUCAGGUUGUUGUUUUUUUUGGUGGUGUCUUAAGACUGGACUUUUGAUUUAUUUAUUUGCUGUAACAGGUGUCAGAGUUGUAAUGUUCUCAACUAAUUAUAGAAAGUUUUGAGUCAAUUCUGCUUAAACAGGCCAUAUCAUGUAAAUGUGUUAUUCAGAAACUCGUGUUUGGAACGACGAAACUGCCCGCAAAAAGUUUCCAGGAUUCAAAAUUUUUAGUAAAUGCGCAAGUUGCUCCCCCAAAAAGUGAACCUAAACUUUAUAAUCAGGCUAAAUACUGAGAAUGUAUGUAUCAGAAAAGAGAUAAUUAGCAUGUAUAUGACUUUCCUCGAGCUUUCAUUUUGAGCGCUGUUUAAUGAGAGUUAGACUCAAAGGCUUUAAUUUUGCUUUUAACUGUCCUGCUGUGAUCAAUGUAUGAAAAGUUCUGUGGGUGUAUCUGAAAAAUUUGUGACAUUAAGAACUCAGUUCUUUCUGUAUUUCAUCCUUUAAGAUCUGUUUGACACUCUCACCCCCCCCCCCCCCCCCCAUUUCUUGAUGUCUCACAUCAUCAUGCUUCUCUUAUACAUGUGAAUUUUAGUUCACAUUUUACUUUGAAGCUCCACAGCAUAAUUUUUUUAUAUAUAUUAUUCUCUCAGCAUGCAGGCUUGGUUUUUUUAUCUCUGCUAAAUUUUUAUCAGUGUGAGCGGGACUAAUUUUAGAUGGGUAUUGAAUCAGGCGUGUGGCUUCAUUUGUGAGUUGAAGGAGCCCCCUGGUGGACAUGUAUUUAUUAUCCCACUGCUUGUAAUGUGAAAGGAAAACAAUCUUUCUUUGGGUUAUAGGCUGCAUAAAAAGUCCCCUCCCUCCAUUGGCUUCUGUCCUUUCAUCGCGCUAAUUUUCAUAUUCGGUUUUAAUGGGUUCCCCCUCGGAGACAAUAACGCCGACCUUGACCAAAUUCAAAUGAGACAGCAUCGGCAAACUAAUGUGAUCCAAACUUUUGUGGCGCGCUGAUGAGAGCGACUCUCUGCUUAUAUUGAAUUUAGCUCGAAUUGAUAUUAAUGUGCACCGGUUUGUGACUUCAAUUUAGCUAAACAGUACGAUAACAGGGGAGGACACAAAAUGGCUGCGGAUGUCACAGCCCGCUUCACAGGCAAUUUUUGCCACCAGCCGUUUUGCAUCGCCCCGAGUUAAAAUCCAUUUAUUCUAAGUGGGAAAAGUGUCAGACGAAAGCAAACUCAAAGGAUGGAGGUGUUGCAGGUUGAAGCGCGUGUCAUGUUUCUGUCGAACUAAUCUAAAUUGACUUAAAACAAUAACGUCAGUUUCGUUCAUCGCCGUAUUUCAUUACACUUUACAAUAAUGUAAGUUGAUCCCGUUGCCACAUAUAAUCUAAUCUUGUAAAUAAGCUUGUAAUGAGAAGGAAAUAUGGAUCAGCCUCUCAGCAUGCUCCCUCGGAUUAAAAAUGUCUGCCCGCUGCUCUCACUGUAGCUCCCCUCUGCUGCCUCAUAAGCUCGACUCAUGCUGAGUGACUUCCACCUGUUUCCCUAAAGUCUUUUGUUGAAUAUCUACCUCAGUCUUGGUUUACCACACGUCUACAUCAUGAGCUAGUUUGCAAAAAAAACAAAAAAACAAACAUAUAUAUAUAUACAUAUGUGUAUAUCCCAACACUGACGGUUGCCUUUUACUUUUACUAAAAAAUAAAGCAAUUGAGACCUCACUGAGCAGAUUUAUAGCUGUCCUGGAUGUGGACGUCUGUGUCGCCUCUGAACAGCGAUGCUCUUCCUGUUGUGGAGGACGACCCAGUGUGUGUGUGGUGACCGGGUGGCAGAGGUUAUAUUUUACACUUUUGUCUUUGCAGCAUCUUUUAUUUACACUGAUUAAUGGCACCUGCCUUACACGUGUGCAAUAAAUGUUAUUCAGUGCUUUA